AAACGCCAACGCGCAGCGGGGACGCGCACAGUGCAGCGCAGCAGCAGCAGCAGUAGCGUCGGUGCGCGCUCCCGGCUCUCAGCACCACGGACAGCGUCCGAGCCGCAGCAUCAGCAGCAGCAGCAGCAUCAGCAUCAGUGAGCGCGCGGCGCGUCGUCCGGCUUUUUUUCUAUCGUUUAAAUCCUUCAGUAGCGGAUCUGAGGACUAAAGCAGCAUGCAUGCGCCACAGCUCGGCUACUGAAAGCUGAUAGAAACCCGAGCGAGCCCUCGCGAGCCCUCUCCUCGGUGCAUAUGAGAUCGAUGCAUAUGCACAAGCAGCGAGGCAGCGGCCGCACCGGGCAUUCCGCCGCAGUGAGCGCGCGCCCGCGGCUCUGAACUGCCCGGGGAUUCUAUUCUCUCCCGUUUCUUCGCUUUGUUUUCUUCGCUUCGCUCUAAAAAGCUGCUGCCCGGCGUCGCGAGGGAUCGGAGCCGGUGCUGUGCGCGCACUCUGGCACUCCACACCAUGCGUCUGCUCCUGCUGGCGGCGCUAUUCUCCUGCUCGUGCGUGCGCGGAGGCUGCGAGCCCAAGGUGGUGAACAUCGGGGCCGUGCUGAGCCAGAAGAGGUACGAGCAGGUGUUUAAGGAUGCGGUGGCCCAAGCGAACGUGGUGUACGGCAGGGACAAGUUCAAGCUGACCGCCAUCUCCGUCACGCACAAGGCCAACGCUAUACAGAUGGCGCUGUCCGUGUGCGAGGACCUCAUCUCCAGCCAGGUCUACGCGAUUUUGGUGAGCCAUCCUCCCCAGUCCAGCGAUCACCUCACACCCACGCCGGUUUCCUACACCGCUGGAUUCUACCGCAUCCCUGUGGUCGGCCUCACCACCAGGAUGUCCAUUUACUCUGAUAAGAGCAUCCACCUGUCCUUCCUGCGCACCGUGCCCCCGUACUCGCACCAGGCGCACGUCUGGUUCGACAUGAUGCGCGAAUUCCGCUGGAACCACAUCAUCCUGAUAGUCAGCGACGACCACGAGGGACGGGCGGCCCAGAAGAGACUGGAGACGCUAUUGGAGGAGAGAGAGACCAAGAAUAAAAAAAGGAACUAUGAAAACCUCGACCAACUGUCCUAUGACAACAAGCGAGGACCCAAGGCCGAGAAAGUCCUCCAGUUCAACCAAGAGACUAACUUAACUGCCCUGCUGCUGGAGGCCAAAGAGCUGGAGGCUCGGGUGAUCAUUCUUUCAGCCAGUGAAGAGGACGCUGCUGCCGUCUACAAGACAGCACGCUUUCUCAACAUGACCGGCUCGGGAUACGUGUGGCUGGUGGGAGAGCGGGAGAUGUCCGGUAAAGCUCUGAGUGAAGCUCCAGACGGACUGAUCGGCCUCCAGCUCAUCAACGGGAAGAACGAGUCGGCGCACAUCAGCGACGCCGUGGCGGUGGUGGCUCAGUCCAUCCAGGAGCUGUUCGAGAAGGAGAACAUCACUGAGCCGCCGCGAGGCUGCGUGGGAAACACCAACAUCUGGAAGACUGGGCCGCUCUUUAAAAGGGUGCUGAUGUCAUCCAAAUACCCAGAAGGCCUCACAGGGCGUGUGGAGUUUAAUGACGAUGGAGACCGGAAGUACGCCCAUUACAGCAUCCUGAACUACCAGAAGAGCAGACUGAUCCAAGUCGGAAUUUAUAACGGCACUCAGGUGGUGCUGAACAAACAGAGGAAGAUCAUCUGGCCUGGAGGAGAGACAGAGAGACCCAGGGGUUUCCAGAUGUCUACGAGGCUAAAAAUAGUGACCAUACAUCAGGAACCAUUCGUGUACGUGAAACCGACCAUGCAGGACGGGACCUGCAGGGAAGAGUACACGCCCAACGGAGUCCUAAUUAAAAAGGUGAUCUGCACUGGACCAAAUGAGACCAUCCCAGGUAACACAACAGGACGCCCAAUAGUGCCUCAGUGCUGCUACGGGUUCUGCGUGGACCUGCUGAUUAAGCUGGCCAUGACCAUGAACUUCACGUACGAGGUGCACCUGGUGGCUGAUGGGAAAUUCGGCACUCAGGAGAGAGUGAACAACAGCAACAAGAAGGAAUGGAACGGCAUGAUGGGAGAGCUCCUGAGUGGCCUUGCAGACAUGAUUGUGGCUCCGUUGACCAUAAACAAUGAACGAGCUCAGUACAUAGAAUUCUCCAAACCCUUCAAGUACCAGGGACUCACUAUCCUCGUGAAAAAGGAAAUCCCGCGCAGUACACUGGACUCGUUCAUGCAGCCGUUCCAGAGCACGCUGUGGCUGUUGGUGGGUCUGUCGGUGCAUGUGGUGGCGGUGAUGCUUUACCUACUAGACCGGUUCAGCCCGUUUGGAAGGUUUAAAGUAAACAGUGAAGAAGAAGAAGAAGAUGCCCUCACCUUAUCUUCUGCUAUGUGGUUCUCCUGGGGAGUGUUGCUGAACUCUGGAAUUGGAGAAGGCGCCCCGCGCAGCUUCUCAGCGAGAAUCUUGGGCAUGGUGUGGGCUGGCUUUGCUAUGAUCAUUGUAGCUUCCUAUACUGCCAACCUGGCUGCCUUCUUGGUGUUGGACCGGCCUGAGGAGCGCAUCACCGGCAUCAACGACCCAAGACUGAGGAACCCAUCGGACAAGUUCAUCUACGCCACAGUGAAGCAAAGUUCAGUGGACAUCUACUUCCGGCGCCAAGUGGAGCUGAGCACCAUGUACCGCCACAUGGAGAAGCACAACUACGAGAGCGCCGCCGAGGCCAUCCAGGCCGUUCGGGACAACAAGCUGCAUGCUUUCAUCUGGGACUCUGCGGUGCUGGAGUUUGAAGCCUCGCAGAAGUGCGACCUGGUGACCACGGGAGAGCUGUUUUUCCGUUCGGGCUUUGGCAUAGGCAUGCGCAAGGACAGCCCCUGGAAACAGAAUGUGUCCCUGGCUAUUCUCAGUUCCCAUGAGAAUGGCUUCAUGGAGGACCUGGAUAAAACCUGGGUGAGAUACCAGGAGUGUGACUCAAGGAGCAAUGCCCCAGCCACACUCACCUUUGAGAACAUGGCAGGUGUCUUCAUGCUAGUCGCUGGUGGCAUUGCAGCAGGGAUCUUCCUCAUCUUCAUCGAGAUCGCGUACAAGCGGCACAAAGACGCCCGCAGGAAGCAGAUGCAGCUAGCCUUCGCGGCCGUCAACGUCUGGAGGAAGAACCUACAGGACAAUAAGGAGAGUUCUGGUGGUCAAGUUGCGGGCGCAGCUGGGACUCCAUCUUUACCCUCUUCCUCUGUAGAGACUCAGGAUGAUAGGAAAAGUGGUAGAGCAGAGUCCGACCCCAAAAAGAAACCCUCUUUUAGGUCCAUCAGUACCACCCUGGCCUCCAGCAUCAAGAGACGUAGGUCCUCCAAAGACACGCAGUACCCACCCACAGACAUCACGGGCCAGCUCAACCUGUCCGACCCGUCGGUCAGCACUGUGGUGUGAGACACAGAAAGAGAGAGAGAGAGAGAGAGAGAGACUGAAAGAGGACUGAAAGAGGACAGAAAGAGAGAAAGAGAAGAGAGAGAGAGAGAAAGAGAGAGAGAGAACGCGCACGACAGAUGACCAUCCACGCUCAUCAUUUUCUAACAGACAAUUGUACAGAGGGGAGGGGGAUGGAACAAGGGUUAACGGGGGCUUUUAAACCCCUGGAUUUGAACUGAUUCAGUGCCAAAUCUGAGCUUCUGCACCUUCCUGAAGAUUUAGAGAAACGAGAGAGACACACGAGAGAAAGAGAGAGAGGAUCUCCUGAUCUUCCACACGCUGGAGCUUCUCUGGACUUCCAUACUGGCUUUCAUUUACUGGAACUGGUAGAACACUACUGCACUGCACUGGAGUUCUUAGAAAGCACUGGGAAGGAACUGUGCCACUGUACACACACACAAAUACACACACACACACAAAAACACUCGACUUAGAACACAUCUUCUUCAGAAUUAAUUUAAAUGAGCAAUUUCUUCUUCUUUUUUUGUUUAGGUUGUCCAUCAGUAUAGUGAAUAUUACGUUGUUGUUAUUAUAAUAAUUAUGUUGUUAUAAUUAAGUGCUGUAUAUUUAUAAAUUUAUAUAUAUAUAUAUAUAUAUAUAUAUAUAUAUAUAUAUAUAUAUAUAUAUAUAUAUAUAUAUAUAUAUACAUAUAUACAUAUAUACAUAUAUAUUAUAUCUCAGAUCUCUGUUUCUAGAACAAAACAAAGAGACAAAGCAAUCAAGGUAUUAAAAUUAAUAUCUGUUAUUUAAAAAAAAGGCCUGUCACAAUAAUUGUCAUCAUAUUGUAUUGUAUUAUCAUCAUAUAUGUAUGUAUUUAAAUAUAUAUAUAUAUAUAUAUAUAUAUAUAUAUAUAUAUAUAUAUAUAUAUAUGAAGCAUAUAUGAAUCAGUUAUAUUAACUCUAGUUAAGUACUAAUACAGACAGGUAGAAUAAAUCGGCAAAAAUGUUUAUCUGUUAAAAUAAGGUAUAAUUACAUUAUUAUGCCUUUAUAUCAUUAUUAGCUAUAUCAGUAUAGCAAUACAUUUAUAUAAAAUGUCAUUAAUAUCUUUAAAUGACAUUAAUAUGAUUAAUCAUAAUUUUACCUGGAAGAAUAUAAUAUUAUUUUAUAUAUUAUUGUGACAGGCCUUUUCUGUUAAAUCUUCUCCAGGCUUUCUGUUGCAUAAACUACUUGUUCUAUUAAGUGUUAAGAUUAUUUUAAAGGUUACAAAUGUACCCUUUUCUACAUAUUCUAUUCUAUAUAUUUAACUUUAACAGUUUUAACAGUUUGUUUUGAAACUCUUCUAGUCUCUAGUCUAUUUAAUCUGUAAAGCGAAUACAGAAAAAUUCACGAAAGCAUGCGAAACCUAAAUUAAAUAGGUGCAAAAUGACAAAAACAAACAAAAAAAACUUUUAGUGCAUUGUCCAUAGUGUUAAUACUUGAAAUGAUGCUCUUUCUAAUGAUAUUACGAUACUUUAUGUGGCACUUUAUAACAUUAACUCUACAAUCACCUUAUUUAUGUGAUCUUUGUUUUGUACUUCAUUGACAUUUGAACACUUUUAAAGAAAAAAGAAAAGUCGUCUCUUUGACGUCUUCUGCAGUUUGACCACCUGCAUGUCAGAUGCAUGUGUUUCUUGCGAGUUGCGACUCGUGAGAGAUGAAGUGCACCCCCUCCACAGUGUUAACCCUUUUAAAACUGGAUUUAGGAUGAGGUUUUGUUUAGGGAUGUCCUGGGGAUUAACCUGCGAUCACUAGGUUUUUUUAUUUUAUUUAUCUAUUUAUUUAUAUUAGAUCGAGUAUCAGCUUUUAUAACCCUGAAAAUACAGUUUUUUGUCACUGUUAAACACUUUAAACACUAUUCAGACGGUUAUCUGGUGUCCUUAAGUGUUUUAGCUAAAGGAACUGGGAGUUAAAUGGUCAUAAAUGAUGUUAAGAAAGAUAUUACUCUCACUCACAAUAAAGCAGCAAAAAUAUUGUAAAUGGAAAAAAUUUACACACUCAACGAUAAAUCUCAAUUUGAUUGGAUCUGUACUGAUCAGACUGUCUGAUACUCAGCAUUAUGAGACUCAGAUUGGAUCAAGCACAUCCCUAGUUUAGGCCUAUAGACUUUUGCUUAUAAAACCUGUUUUAUCAGAUGUUAAAUCUCUUCUAAUCUCUCUUCCAGUCAAAAACAUUUUUUAUUGAUUUAUUUCUUCCAGCAAUACGUUCAAAAAAGUUCUUAUCAGUAAACCUGUAAAUACAAGAUGUUCUUCAAACUAAAUCAUUUAAAAAAAGACAAAAGACUUCUUCUCUCUCUCUCUCUCUUUUCUGUUGAAGUUCUUGGUGCAGACUUUCUCAUCUUCAGUCUUUACGGGGUGCAUCAAAGGGCCAGGUUUUUCAUCCAAUCAGCGCUUGGUCUCCCGUGCAAAACUGCCUCUGAAUUGCUAGGCCUUUUGCACGGGCCAGAUCCAGGUGGGUUGCUCUGUUUUCACUAUGGUGCUGCUGUCUUGCACACACCUCUUGGUUGGAUGCAAAAACAGGCCGUUUCCCACGUUCUGGAGUUGAGAAACUGAAAUUUGGAUUUUACUGCACGGCAAAAAGAACGGUGGACUGUGAAUAAAAAAUAAAAUUGAAGAUUGAAGAACUUUUGAGAACGUUUAAGAAGAGUUGUAACCAUGUGCACAAUCAUCACAAGCAGUUAACAGCAAGUGGUCAAAUGAUGAAUAAAAAAAAACCUUAUCAUUAUCUGGUAAUGUUUAAGGUAGUGUUUAGGUCAUUGCUCAGCAUGUCAUAUGUCAGUAUGUCAUGAUUGUAUUGACGAGAAAACACCCCAUUGGUUCAAUGUUGGACUUGAAAUGACUAUUUUGACUGUAUGUCGUUUUUUAAAGCCCAUUCCGUCAGGCUGACGAGUGCAUGCAUGUUUUUAAGUGCUAUUUCUAUCGUUUAUAAGAGUCAUAGUUUGCAUAUCUGAAGCACUCACUACAGUACUUAAGACAUUAGGACACUGUUUUCAGGGCUAAUGCAGUGUACAGUAUAAUGCUAGGGAGUAUCAGUGGUUGCUUACUAAUGAUAAUCUUAUGAUAAGGGUGUAUGCUGUAUAGUUUACUGACAGUCUGACGCUGUCGAUCUGUAAAUGAAGUGUAAAUAGUAGACUACUGACUCACUGUCAUACACGCAAGCCAUAAUCUACAACAAGUAUUCAUGCACAAAAAAAAAGAAAAUAACACGUAGAGUAAGAUUUAUCUCAGUGAUUAUUCUGUUUUGAUGUUUGCUUUCGAGUUUAUUUUUCAAAACCAAAUAAUGCAAACUUUGCAAUUUUUGUUGUUUGUAUUCAAAUGAUCAUGCAAAAUCAUAUUUCUUUGUGCCAAUAAAAUAUGUACUCAUGUCAAACGCAGAACACA